UUGCUCAGUCCAAAUGCCAGGAGGCAGUGCUAAGAUACAAAUUUUUAACUUAUUUAACUGUUGGAAGAGUUGGGUAUCACCUACAUGGCUAAUGUGAUAUCCCUAGCUAGGGAUGGUGAAGUCCAGGUUCACUGGGAAGAUAGUAGUAAGCCCUUAAGUAGCAAACUGUUGCUGGGCUUCAAUACAAUCACAUCUGAUAGGAAAAUCAGAGCAAAGAUACAGGCCCUCCCCAUGUUUUGCUGGAGCAAGACUCUGCAGUGGCUUUCUGCCUGUAUUUCUGAGGACUUCUUGAUAAACUAAUGAUGAUUUUCACCGUGUUACCACAGUGGUCAGCGUUGCAUUGUGUCUGACAACAGUAUGCUGAUAGCUCAGCAAGUUUCAGGGAAAAAGAUUGAAUCUGGGACUAGCCUUUGGGAGGCGUGCAAAAGAUGUUUGGCUGCGUGGACACGUUAUCUGCCAAGGCUGGAUGUCUCCAAGGAUGCAGCUUUAAAGCUGGCAGGAGUUUUGCAAGAGAUCAAGGUGCAAGGUAACAACCAGGCACUCCACAUAGGAAGGAUGUCUAUUCCAGUGAAAGUAGAGCAAAAUUCAACGGUGCCAGCUGUAGCAUCCUUGCAGAGGCACAGGCCACGCUACUGCCUGCCAUCACUCCACCAUCACAGUCUUUGUUAGACAGCAACCCAGCUGGAAAUGUAAGAUAAUAUCCAAAAUAAUUAAAAGCUCCUCACACUAUAUUUCCUGCUCGCAUUCUGUCUCCAAGACAUCUUCCACGGGAGCAAUUCAGCUCUAUGUAUACACUGGGACCAAUUCUGCCCUACUGAAAAUAUGUGGAAUUUCAUGGCUGACUUCUCCAGGAUCAGGAUCAGUCCACAGAGAAAAUAUAGUGUGUUGUGUGUGUUCGGACCAUCAAACCCCAAAGCUGACCCUACACCCUAUGCACAGAACCUCACCCUGCCCAGCAGAGAUGUGUAGGUCGAGACUCAUCAUGGAACUGUCUGCACUGCCUGGAGCACAAGUUCAGUGUUUAGUGCCUGAAUGCAAACUUGGUUCCACCCAUGAAGACUCUGGUGCCGCAGCCCCAGAAGUUUCUUCUCCCUCUCUCCUUAUGCAUACGUAUAUGGAAAUGUGUCUGAGGGCUGCUGAUCCAAAGGGGCUCCUUGGCAGCAGGGAGGGAGAGAUGCAUGGAUGAUUGUCCUGCACAUUACAAACAACAGGGUAGCCUCCCCGUAGCCAUGAUUCCCACCUGGGAGGAGCUGACAGCCUGAGGGAGGACUUGUCCACAUUUACACUGUGUCUCCAAUGUGCUCUCCUACAGUCACCUAACAGUCAGGUGUGUGCAGCGUGGACAAAUGGUAAAACCUUCUUACACUCCUUACUGGACAUCCCUCUCUCCUUGUCCCAUGGAAAGCAAUACAGAUAGCACCAGCAACGAGCAAUUUCAAGCCCCAAUUAUUGAAUUUACUGACAGCUCAUGUGUUUCCAUGGAAUUACCAUGCCAGCAGGAUCAGGCAGGACAUUUCUUUAGCUACACCUUUGCAUUUUUGAGGGUUUGAAAAGGAGCUGAAAUGCUGUUUCAGGAUGACAGGGAGAAGAGAGGCAAAGUCUGAAGAGCACAGAAACACACUGCAAGCACAACAUAAUUUGGACAAAUAGAAGUGCUUAGUUCUGUUUAAUGUGAAUUAGCUUUCAGAAGUGUUGCUGGUUCUCAAUACACACGUGCAUUGGUGUCUCAGAGGCCGGAGGGGAGGACCAGUAGUACUGCAGGAUCCUUGCUCAGUGUCUGCCAUCAGUGAACCAUACUGCUGUGCGAUGCACAUCUGACCCCAAAACAAUGGAAGAAGAGUGAUAACAGAAAUGAACACUGCUGACAAGGUAAACAGAGAGACAUGGCAGCCUGCUUGUUAGAGACAGCUAAUGCUUGAGGGAACUCUGCAUUCAACUCCAUUGCAAGAAAAAAAUCUAAAGACGAGUUCCACCCAUUGAAGUGAAUUGGCUUCUCAAUGUUUUUCAGUGAGGUAUCAUUCGAAUUUGGCUAGGAAUCUUAAUAUAUUUUUGACUCUCCAUUAUUACAUUAAUUUGAGUUAAUUGCAUUUAUGCGGCUUGUUCUUUUUGAUAGGCUUCAGAGCAAAUGCUGGGUGUAAAAAUCACCAGUCAUGAUACAGUGGUUUCCUAACACUUAAGACAGUUUCAUAACAGAAGAAAAAUUCUACAAACAGAUGCUCUCGCUUCUCUGUAGAUGGAGAAUAUAAAUGUGUUAUUACUGUGGAACUUCAUAGUGCAAUUUAUGUAUUUGGUUUAUUCAUAAGUUAUGUUCACAUUUUAAGAAUAAACAUAUUCAGUUUUCCACUGCAGAUAAAAUUAUUCUCAGAUUUUAAAUGCUGCUUUUCAUCAGAUUAGUCUUGUUUGUAAGAUUGUGUAAAGUAAUAAAGGUACAUUUUCCUGCUAAACGCAUUUGGGGAUGGAAAACACCUAGCAAUAACAAUAACAGCAAUUCUUGGCAUUACUGUAGCAACUUUCAUCCAAAGAUCUCCAAAUGCUUUCCAAUAAGUAAUUAAUUAGGCCUCACAGCACCCUGGAGAGUUAAUUACAAAUUAUCAAGCAUACUCUCAAACCAUUUCCAUUGAAAUUAUACUUGUUCCCUUUCCAGAAGAAAACAAAAUACGCUGGCUAUCAUACCAUGACCUUUCAAUACCAUGAUUCAUUUUGAAAAUGUAAUUAGAUGAGAAUUUGAACGUAUCCAGUUUUAGGAAAAGCUAAUAUAAUUAUACCUGACCACAAAACUCAUUAGAAUUUUUGGUUUCUUCAGUGAGAUGAUACUUUUUAAUCUAACUCUUUAAUAAAACUGCAACAUCUAUAGGAAAAAAAAAAAUGAAAUGCAGCUGGAUAUCCCAGUAAAAUUCCAGAGAGAUUUUAAAUUGUGGACAUCCAUCUGUUCUUCCGUCACAAGAGUGUUUGGUUUUGAGGAUGUUUGAUCCAGACUUUGCUUCUGACACAGUCAGAAGGCAGAAGGACAAAUCAGUGUUGCCUCCAGACUGAGCAUCCCUCCAGAAAUGUAGUGAGCUCCACUAAUUCAAGUGCUGCAAUCUGGGCCAGAGGAGGUAUUUGUUAGAGAAUGUUGUUUGCCACAGAAUGUAGGAGGCAGAGAAAGGCAAGAAAAGGCUGAAAUCUCAAAUCCAUUUAUAAUGGAAACAUCCUGCAUUUCCUGAAGCACUGAGUAGAUGCUACAAGAUAUAAUUCCUUCCUACCAAAAAUCUGAAGCUGUAAUUUUACCUUCAUCACAUAGAAUCAUGGGAGUAAUUAAAAACACUUUUACUAUGUCUUUUGCUGCAACAUAGUGAUUGUCUUGUUUUGAUGUAAGAUGAAAGUAGUUUUCUUGCAUAAUUUUCUGAAGGCAAAGAAUUUUCUUCUUUUACAUCCUAGUUUUGUAGGAAAGCAAAAUAAUGCUUGUUUGCAUGGACAGAACUUGCAUAUAAUUUGAAAAAAAAACCUAGUAUUUUAUCGAUGAAAAUAUGGUACAAAUGAAAAUAUAUCCGCAUCUCAUAGAUUUCAAAGGCUGCAUUAAAUUAACAGUGAAGAUCUAUUUUUCCUUAUUGUAUGGGAACUGCUGAGUUACGGCCUGAACCUCUGAUUGAUCACCUGAGGGAAUCCACCUCUCUUUGAGAAGAAAGAACUGUCUACGGCUUGUUCAGAGCACACAGGGUCUGGACAAGAGGAAUGCAGAGGACUCUGGGCAGUCCCAUUGCUGAAGAAAAACUCUAAACAGGCAUUCUUCAGGAUUCAGUUAUAGAGUAAAGCAAUAUCUGGACAAGGUGACUGACAGACCCUGGUCCCCCACUGGGGCAGGACUGACCUACAUGGAUAUUUCUCUGAGCAAGGAAGGAGACAUUUCCUAAAAAACUGUGUUCAAGAUCUGCUUUCAUUUGAACCUAUCCUGAAGUCAAAGAAGUUAAUGUGGCUUCAUCUGAGAGCAGAAUUUUGUCUAAAAUCUUCAUUACAUGCCAAUUCCACGAGGAUAAUUCAUAGUUAAGGCCUCUGAACACCUUUAAAAUAAUCCUCUUUUGCUUCAUAUAAUGAAUAGAAUAGAUAGGGAAUUGCUUUCCCAGACUUUCUGAGGAAACUGAAGCAAUGUGUUAAAGUUUUAACAGCUUUUAUUUCUCUUUUCAGAUCUUAACCCAGUAUCAAAUAUUAAAGUCCUAAUAUAUUUAAGGAAAGCAGAAGUUGCUGUUAUAAUUAAUUUCCUAUCUGAGGGGAAAAAUAAAUGUAUUGCUAGCCCUUUUGGAAAGAAUCUCAGUUGCAGACUUGUAGUGAUCACCUGGAAGAGCAUGCAGUGAUUUCAUGAAAUCAUACUGGAAGAGGAAAAGGAUGAUUUCACAGGGACCAAAGAAAAAUCAGACGCACUGAGAGGAUUGCAAAUGAAGGACUUUUACAGCUAAAAACACCAUUACCCGUGUAUAAUCACAGUUGACUUAGCAGUGAUGGCUCAGGGAAUCUGUUUAAGGAGAAUUUAUCAGUUCUGGAGGAUGAAAGCCUACCGAGAACUUUCCUGAAAAUACUGAGGAAGAUGCUAUUAGCAGGUGAUGCUGCCCAGCUGUAUCAUGAGAAUAUGUGGUCCAGUCACUGGAAUUCACUCCGUCUGUAGCUCAGGAAUUCUGUUGGGAGGAUUUUAGAUGCUGCAAAUGAACUGGAAAAAGAGGCUGAGAAAAUGCUAAAGCAGCAUAAUUUUUGUCUUCUUCCAGUGGAGGAAAAUACCGACAGAUUUAUUAUACCCAGACUUUUGCUGAGAAACAAGCAUUUGGGAUCUAUUUUAAAUUAAUUUUGCAAGAAUUUUAUUUUUUUUUUUAAUGAGAAAUAAUUUAUUUUCCUUCUGGUUAAAUCUUGAAAUACUAGAAGCAGUAUGAAAGAAACACUUGUAGAUAAGCUUAAAAAUUCCAGUAUUUUAAUUUGCUUAUGCAUUCACAUCUUGGUUUAUUAUUUGCAGUCUAACAGUCUUCAUGCUUAGUCUAAAACCUUUAAUUUCCUCUAUAAUAUGUAUCGCCGUGAAAGUGAACAUAUCAGAAGACUUAGGCACUACAGACAUGACAGCAGACAACCCUUUGAAAAUGUUUUUAAGGUUUCACUUGAAAAGGAAAUUAUGCCAAUGGGCAUUAAUCAUUUUGGAGGCUUCAUAUUGCUUCACAGAUAUUUAUAAUGUUAAUGAAAACAGUGACGCUGUUAUGAGCUACUGAAUCAAGAAGUUCAUUUGCCCCAAUAACAGCAGGGGCUUGAAAUGAGAAAAAAAAUCUUUCAGACAGGGAUGCUGCAAAGUUCUGAGUAUGGAAAAUCUUAGGAGUGUUGUGACAUUCAAAAAUGUCUCCAAAGAUGUGUUAUGCCAAAAAGCCUGAAAAUAGGCACAUGCAUAUCUUACCUUUCUGCAUUUCUUUGCAUUGUAAACUACACAACAACAUUUUUUUUUUCUGUCUACAUCACUUUACUUAAUAAUAUAGGGCAGUGAUAGAGUUUUAAAAGUUCCUUGUGAUUUUUUCAUUACAGCAUUUUGAUUGGUUUUAAGGUUAACAUAAACUGAUCUUUUCUGCCUAAUUGGCUUUUUUUUUUCUCUUUUAUAUAAGCAAUUUAAUUCCCAGUUGUGAUAUAUCAUGCAGGAGAAAUAUAUAUCAGAGAAAGAAGAAGAUAUGUCAUGUGGAAAGGAGGAAGGAAGGAACUGCAAGAGGGAUAGGCUAUAACCUUAAAAAAAAAGAUUGAAAGUUAUCCAGAGUUUUUUUCUGUGGGGCCAUACAAUCUGUGUGUGAUCUUGAAAUGAUUGGUUUUGGUCACAGCGGGCAAGAUGUUGAAUGUGGUCUUAUUUGUGUUAUUAGACAUCUUCCAUUUAAUGCCAUGGCUGUAAAGGGUGAUACAAGUGUUGGCUUCAUUUCAGAGUCAGUAGUACCAGCAAACAUAGCCCAGCUAAAAAUAAUGAAUUUUCAACUACUUAUUUUCCUAUUUUGCCUUGAGGUUAAGGCACUUUAGCAUGCAAGCCUUCUGCAAGACAUAUUUGAGUCUACCAAAUGUAGUUUAGCAGGUAAUGAGAUGCAUUUUUUCAUCAGGGUCAUGCUACCUAAUCAGACGCUAAAUGUAAUUAUUCACGAUCGAACCUCAAAUGCAAUUUUAGAAAGUGUCUGUAUUACAAACUAAGAAAUCAACAGGAGGACUGCUUUAAACAUGUUUUCAGUAUGCCAACAUUGCCUUUAAUUAUUUUUUGAUGUUUUAUAUGAAGUCAAAAGACAAAAAGAACAAGCUCUGAAAAAGUUGUGAAAAAGAGAUAGCAUGUGCGUGUCAGAAGAAACACAGGGAGAGAGAACAUGAAAGAAAGUAUAGAAAAAGAAAGGAAGUACUAAAAAGAUGAAGAAACAGAGAAAGAAAGAAAGAGAGAUAGAGAAUAGAACUCACAUAUAGCAUUUGAUAGCCGUAAUUGCUCUGCUCUUUUAUAAAGGCUUCCUUUUUCUGAUUAGAGACUUUAAGAUAGUUACUACCGAAAACAGUAUUUAAAAUUCAUUCUUUUCCUCCUUUUUCUUUGAAUUCUUCAUUAUGUAAAACAUGUACUUCAGUGCUCUUGAAAUGUUUUGUUCUCUUCAUUAAAUUGCUCCAUUUUUAUUUUAAUGUCCCUGUAGUCUGGAUUUUUCUCUAAAAAUGUCUGUAUAUCUGUUAAGAACACUUGUUCUUUCAGAACCUGUUUUCCCUUUUAUUUUUUUAAUUCUAUUUCUGAGUGAAAAUGUGAUUUUGUUUCUUUUUUCUUUUUUUUUUUAACACCUAUUUGUCUUUUUUCUUUUUCUUUCAACAAUUCUUUUGCACCAGCAAAGGGCCCAUCAUUCCAGACCACAUUCAUUUUGUUUAAAUCUGGCCAAAGAAGGACUGUGCACGAUUAGUAUAUACAAUAGAUGAGUAAUGAUGAUUUUUAUUCCAUCAGUAUUAAUUUUAUGCCCUUGCCUAAAGAUUACUUGUAAAUGCUUAGAUUUUAAGUAUUAAAGUAAACAUCACCCCUAUUGAUAUUUUGGAAAUGUCAGGUUAGUUAAUUGGGGUAAUAUACAGGUACAAGUUUCCAAACCAUUAUAUCAAACUUUGCCCACCAUUGGGCUCAUGCUCUGUCAGCUAGCAGAGGAAAGAAAGCCAGAGGAGCAGCUCAGGCCACCAUAACCCAUUCUUGCCUGCUCCUCUCUACUCUUUUUUUGCUCCCCAAAGUGAGUUCAGCAAAUGCCUAUUUAGUUGGACCAGUUCUUUUGAUAUAGGCUUAUACGUCUUCACUUAAGGAAACGUUUUUAUUGAGGGAGAAAAGCCUCAUGACGGUAUUUGUUUUUACUGUGGGUUUCAGCACUUCAAGAGUUAUGGACACCAUCUAACCUGCACUAAUGUGCAGAAGCAGUAUCAGGCUGAUAUACUGAGCAUCAUUACUUACCGUGGUCUUUUUAAGAAGUUGGGAAUUGAAGGCUGAAAUCUCAAGACAGUCCUCUCAGCAGUCCAAGGACUUGAGUUUAGAGUUAUCUGUAAAUUCUGUUUAUGUUUAUCCAAUAAGAACUCAGCCAGUGAGUGCUGCAAAUAAUCGUUUACUUAAACAUAAAUGGGAAUUAAUUAGUCUAUCAAAUGAAAGGAAAGAAGAUUCUGAGCCAGGAAUGCACUCAUAGUCACAGUAGCACAUCAUAACUUUGCUCGAUGUACCUAAAAUUUCUUUUAAGUGUGGCUGCCAAAUCAUCAUGAUUCUUUUGUUUAUUAGCCAAAAAUCCUACCCAAAAUGGGAAAACUUCCAGUCUUUUCUAUGAUACUUAUGACAGCCUUUUUUAGUAGCUGAUUUCUUAUUAGAAUAUAUUCCUCUAAAAAAAUACAUUUGGCUAUUUAUUGAUUAAUGCUCAUUUUUUAAUGGAGCUGUUUUGCUAAGAUUCAGUGUCAGGUGCAUUUCUAACACCCCAGCUCCUCUGUUCUGUGCAUCAAUUGGCACACUCAUCAGUUAGCCAGUUCUGCAAUAAAAUAAAUUAAUGGACUAUCCUAUUUCAUUUCAUGGCAUCCGGCCGAUGGAGUACAGAAACUGCUAUAAACCCUAGGACUCAGUGGGACUGCUGGUAUGAGGAAGGAGUGCAGCAUUUGGCCCACAUUUUGCAUUGAUCAAGCAGAAUUAAAAUUAGCACAGCAGUUUGCCUUGAAUGAAGCAGAAAAGCGUGGUGCAGGCUAUGCAGCCUCCCAACUACUAAAUUGACCCCUUUUCCCUUUUAUUUUCUCUUAGCUUAAUUUUUGCCCUACUGAAAUAAAUGAGGCUACUUAUACUGUGAAAGGAAGGACUGGAUAAUCUGACCAGUAUAGCAUAUUAAAAUUAUAUGUAUUCUAUGGUUCAUAAUCAAAUAUGAUUCUCUUCCUGAAAUAAGCACUAUAUGGCUGUAGUGAUAAUCACUAAUGGGUCAGUUGGGUACCAGAGCACUGUAAAUUCUGGUGAUGAAUACACGGGGAUGCUGUAGACUUCUGCCUUGUAUUAUUUUAAUAGAGAGCAGAGGAAAACAAGGGAAGAUUUCCUCGGAGGUAUACUGAUAAAAUCUCACUUAAUUAUGUUAUAGAUCUCACAUUGCUUAAUUUUUUUUCUUAAAACUUCAGCUCUUUGAAUCGCAUUAUUUAAAAAUGGAUUUCCCUGGAUGGGAAAAAAAAAAAAAAGAAGAGAGAAUUCUUCAUAGCUGGGAAGAAAAUCUUUACACUGGAAGCUUAAAAAGCAGAGAGUAAACACAAACAAAGAAGAAAAAUGGAGGACCAGCGGUGAAAUCAUAGGCUGAGUGAUGUCAUGGAAAUAAUGUCCUUAGAGGAGGACUUCAUGCCAAAACCCAGGAGCAGACAGAUUUCUGAGAAAGAUCUUGAUCAUCAAUAACUCCUGCUAAUUCAGUGGAAAUCACAGUCAGGUUGGCAAGCACUAUGAAUCAUCUCUUCUGAUCCCUGCAUGCUUUUGUAGAAGAAAUUGGAAAGGCAACAUCCACGAGGAAAUACAUGAAGAUCUAACCUGGCCUGUGUGAAAAUAUUCAUGUCAUAACCCAGACAAGAAACAAAUGUGCCAUCUCAGACGAAUCCACCUUUCUCUCUUUGCAUCUCAUGGAAGACUUUGAAAUUUCGGGACAAAAUUGCAUUCUCUUAUUCAAAACUGAACAAAGCAGGGCGAGUCCUGCCGUUUUGCUGAAAAUGCUCUGUAUAGAAAGUAUAUGUACAUUAAAUUGCCUCUGUGACCAUGUUUGACUCUUACUCUACAAAUAAAUGGGAGUAGAUAGCUCCCUUCCCUCAGGAACUUCUGUCUGCGAAAACUGUGGAUUGCUGGGAUAUGCAGAUGAAACAUCUCUUUCUCUCCACCAAGAUAUGAAAGCAAAGAGCUCCUUCCCCUUCUGAGCUUCAGGCCAAGGGGCUCCGACACACACCGAGCAAAUGGGAAGAUGUGUGAUUAGGUAACUUCCAAACUUCAGAAACAUUUCCAUUUCAAAUUCUGACUUCCUGCCAUGCACAUACUCUUCUGCAGCCAGCUCCGAGGCAAUUUAUUAACAACUCCAGUGGAGUGAUAUCUGCAGAAUCUGUUUUUCAGCUUUUGACAGCUGAGCUGGGCUAAUGUUCCUGUUCCAGAGUGCCGUCGUGGAAGCAGUGCAUAUUCUAUAUAUUCAAUGAAGAAGUGUCCUUUGAAAGUGUAAAUGAAAUCGCUUAUCUGAAGUAAAGAGAUAAAAAAUCAAUUUAAAACAUUUUAGAUUGUUUAUCAGCAUGUAAGAAAAAAAUACAAGAUUGACCAGGUUUUACAAAGAAAGUUUUAAACCACAAACUACCAGUACUUUUAGGUUGUAUUUCCUGUUCACUAAAUUAAACGUUUCAAUGGAUAGCAAUGCAUUUCAGAAAAAUAAAUUAAAAACAAAUCAAUAAACAAUAGAAUAAAACCUACUAAAUGCUUUCAGUAUUUUAACUUCUUAAAUACAAAAGCCUAUUGAAGUUGUUUCUGCAACCUUAAAAUAUAACAGAACCCAUUGAGAUCAGCACUACAUCCAAGAUCUGAAAUGAGGGGUUUUAAAAAAUACCUGAAAUACUCUAAAUAUUAGAUAAAGAAAAGUUAGAGAGGUGUUCAGGGAAAGAAAAAGGGCAAUUUUUUCACAUCAGGGAUUUAAACGAAUGUGAAAUCAUGAAAGUCUUAACACUGUUCUUGAACUUUCACAGAACAUAGGUCUUACUUGGAUGAAUGUUACAAGGAGAGUGGAAGAAGGACUUAGACUAAAAACAGGAUUGACAUGCAUGAUGAAUUACAGUUCAUUAAUCCAAUUAAUGAGUAAUUUCAGAGGCUUUAAUCCCAGAUAAAGCUCCUUAUUGCAGCUCUGUUGGCUAGUGAUGCACAAACUAAGAGCCUGUCAGCAAAUCAAUUGUAAAAUUCUAUUAAAUAAAGCCUGCCAUACACUUCUGUAGCUUAUGUGACAAUAUUUUGUCCAAAAAAACCCCAAAAACAUAUAUAUAUAUAUGUACAUAUGUAAGAGAAGGAGAGGAGGGAGCAAUCUCUAACCUUAUUCACCCUGAUUUGUAAUAUAAGAGUUCAAGAUAUAUUUAAAAUGAUGCAAGCCAGCUGAAUGCAACUUCAGAUAUUUAUAAGCACUCUUGAUUUAGAAGGUAAACAUAUGCCCCAGUUUCUGAAGUCAUCUGUAUGUAUGAUUUCCUCAUACACAUUCUGUUGACUAAUGGGAGUCAAUAAAGUACAUCAGGCUGCUUUGGGAAUAGUCUCUGUUCUGUUCUUAGUUUAUUUUAUUUGUGGUGCCACUGCAUCCAAGUGAUUCUUUCUGAGCGCUUCAGAAAUAGACUCUGUCCUCCAAAAGUCUCACAAGCAGAGAGCAAAGAAAGGAGAUAAAGAGAGGAAAAAUUGUGAGAGUUGUCUUCAUUGACUGUAGAAUCAUAGCACAACAGCUGACAGAGCAGUAAGUAUGAAGCAAGCAUUUGAAAUUUCAGCUAAAAAGUCAAAACCUAAAAACCUAAAACCUAAAAACCUAAAGAGUCAAAACAUGAUUUAAAGCAGAAACAACAGUGUUUCACGGCUUCUCAGAAAACCAGGAGGACUCCCCUCCCAAAAAACCAUUCCCCUCUGACUGAACCAGGCUUUGUAUCCCUGUUAUAACAACCCUCUCCCCCUGACAAUCAAGCACUUCAAAUAUUCCCUUGCCCACCAUAAUGGAAUGAAGAGUGGACCUUCACUAAGACGCCUCUGAAAACAGGCAGGCUGGCAACUUGCAGUGACAGCCAUGUACUGACUUCUAUGUAGCGACUUUGAUUUGUUGAGUACUGGGCUACCCUGCACAAAAAACAUAAAUGCAUUCCAUUUUAACAAUGAAGAAGGCUUGCAGUACUGUGAGAGGCUGUGCAACACACACAAAUAUUGAUCCUGAUCUCUUUGAACAGCUAUGUCAAUUACCUUCCGCAUUCUCAGUUUGUAAAAGCUGUGUUACCAAAGAGACAAGAUCCUGCUAUGACGACUAUUUAAGUAAAAGUGCAUCCUUUCUGAUAUUGCCGAAGAGUAUGCUGUGGGAGGAUGGCAGUUCACACCCAAUUACACACCAUGAUGGAUUCAUAUUUCUUGAUCUUUGAAGCCUUCUGAAACAACAUUGCACAAUGACCCUCAGUCUUAAAGACCAAAUAAGAUGAUUAGUGACAUGCAGAAAAAAGGCUCAGAAUUUCAUGCAUGUCAGAAAAACUCUUAAGCACUUUCUGUUUGUGGCAGUGCUCCUGAACUGGAAGAAACUUCAGUCACUCCAGCACAGAGAAAGCUGUUUGAUGGAAACAAACAACUGCAGAGACUAUAAGAUCGGUAACACCAUUGUCCCUAAAAGGCUCCCAUUUAACAAAAGAUAUAUCACAAUUUGAAACCAAAAGCAAAAUACUUGUGUGCCUAUUGCUAGAAUUUUGGAUUUCUGCAGUUUGAAAAUACAAUGGAAAUCACAAAUGUUAAUGAAGAUUCAGUGCACAUCAGCGUGAUGAUGCAUAUUACUAUAGCUGACAGAUUUUGAAAAUGAAGGUCAUAAGAAAUUGUGGCAUUGAGAAAAUCUUUUAUGCUACUAGUGCUAAAAGUUUGUUCUAUACCACGCAAAGCAAACGCUGUGUACUUCAGAAAAUGCAGCUGUUGAAGGAAAAUGAAUCUGAUCCACAGCUUAAUCCCAUUGUAUGAAUACAAUCCUGAAAGUAUGAUGUCUAUCCAGGAGAAACAAUGCAUGAAUCAGUACUUAACUAAUGGAAACAAUAAUUCCUGUAGUUGUUUCAAUAACAACCAUGGCUGAGAGUGUCCUAAAGGAUCAACCAGGCUGAGGGUAAGACUGCUCAGCAGAUUAGAAAUCAAAUCAAAAUGAAAAUGGGAGUGGAGAAAGAAAGUUCUCACCCUUGCAAAGUCCCAAGGAAUAUCAGAGCCACUCUGGGAGCAUCUCCAUGUGGGGAUGUCAGAUGCCAUCCUUCACCUUCUCUCUGCACUGACCCACAUGGGGGCACCUAGGAGGGUGGGCCAGUUCUGCCACCAUCAAAAUCUUUGAUGACUGCAGCUUUUGGCCUCCCACCACAGCAGGCGUGUUAGCAGCCAGGUCACCAGAGGAACUGCCAAACAUAUGACAAGUGACAGGAAUUGAAACACUUUGACCUUGAGCCAUGCAUAGGCUUGAAGCAGUGCAUUUAGUGCCUCGAGAGGAGCAGGAGGUGUGAGACGUGCGUUUUGAAGAGAAAACUAAAACUGAUAAAAGCACAAGAUUAAGAAACGAAUGAAAGUUACCAAAAAAUGACCAGGCUGUUUAAUGUGAGGAGAAAAUGAUCAUGCUAUAGUCCUCCAAAUGCUUUUAAAGACAGAAAGGUAUCCAUAUAUCUUUUCUUCCGCCUUUGAAGCUUCAACUGUGAAAGUUAAUCUAAAGGAAGCAAAAUGCAGCCACUCUCUUCAGACCAUUUGAUAUGCUAUUGCUUGCAAACUUCCUUUAAAAAUAUCUUUCAUAACUAAGAAAAUUGCCAUAUGCUCACUGGCUUAUAAAUGGGAAAUUAAAGAUAAGAAAGUCUGAAUAAAAUAAGACUACUCGAUAUUAGCAUUCCGAGCACUUGGCCAGUAUCGGUCAAUUACUUCACUGCUCUUCUUUGCCAUCCCCAAUCUCACUGAAAAAUACAAGCCCACAACUUCCCCACGAGAUGGAUGUUAUUAACCCAUUUUUCACAGCUGAGAGCUGAGACACAGGGGAGAUGGGUGACUCCCUCUGGGUCACCGUGCUGCUAUUGAGAAAGCUGGAAAUAGGCCUUGAAUCUCGUUUAUAAGACAAGACACGGGGCAGUUCAUUUCAACCAGAGUGGUUUCCACAUUGGGAUUUUACAAGCUUACAUUAUAUGGAUGAAUUAAUAAUUUGACGUCUCAAAAGCCUCCUGCUAUUCACAGAACUCGUUUUAAUUCUUACGUUACUUUUUUUUUGGCAAGACUGUGACGAGCAGUGUGAGGGCAGAGGUGUGGUCUGAUGGCAUUUAUCAGUGUCAGUUGUCACCUUACAAAGCGUUAUGGGGAUGUACGUGUCCAGCUUUCACUGUUUGCACUGCUGGCAGAUUGUGUGAUCCCACUUUAUUGCCUUUUGGCUUUUUCCCUUAAAAACAAACAAACAGUAUACUGUUCCCUGGAGAAGGACAGGUAGUGCUUUUUACAUCUAAUAACGAGCCAAGAAGAAAUCUAUUCUGGAACACUCAUUUUCACUCUGUUGCUGAUUGUAACAUCAGUACUUCUUUUCUACGAGCACUCAUUCAGUCUGCUGUUCCUACUAACACAUUAUACAUGACAUUUGCUAUGUAUAGUUAAAUCAAAUUUUAUUUAUGAUAUUCUCCAUAGUGAUAAUGCACUUUGUGUCCAGGCCAAAACAUUGAGAAUUCAGUUGUUUUGCAUUCAUUAUAUGCUUCUUCCUCCCCAACCAUACAAGGAAUAGCAUCCAAGCGAUGUUUGGAUCCCCUGUCCCAAUGCCAGGCAAGUCUCUGCCAAAGACAGUUCUGAUAAGAGGUGUUAAAUAGUUAAACACAAUGGAUUUUGAUUUUUUUUUUCAUUUUAUUUUCAGUCAUUAGGGUAAUUUCUUAUAUAUGGAACAUCACUUGUUCUUGAAUACUGUGAUAAUGCGAGUCUCCAGUUAAAGACUGAAGAUGAAAUAAUUAAAAAUGGCUUAUUGACCUUGAAAGCCAUGUCCUUCUGAGCAUCAAUAUGAGAUAUGCACAUUAAUUAGUGUUUUUCAAAUUCAAUCCUUAACAUUUACCAAAGGAGAACAGUUUUCUCAGUAAGUCAAAGACAGGCCUGGUUAGCCAGUAACUUAUUACAUAUUUGUCCACAUCACAAUUUUCUUCAUCCUUGAUUUAAUCUGCAAAAAUAUUUAAUAAGGAAAGCUCUGUUGAAAAUAACAUGUUUAUUAGAGCUUCAUUUUUGAAAAAAAAUUCUUUUGAAUAGCAGACUGAAUUGCUAGCAUUAUAGAGUAACCACUUCUUAAUGAAUAAUAGAAAUUUGAGAUAAAGGACAUCAAAUUAUUAUGACUUAUUAGAAGAUACAAAGGACCAAAUUUGCAAAUGAAACUGGCUAAAUUUUAACAAAUAUGUCCAUAAUAAAUCUUAAUUUCAGUAUGACUUUCUAAAACUCCAUUUCUAUAGUAUUUAACAAAAAGCUCUGCAAAGAAGAGCUUAAGCUUUAUAUUUUUUCACUUAUUAGAGCGAGGAGUGGAAUUUCUGACAAACACCAAUAAAGAGUAAAAUUUAUAUCUUGUCAAUAGGACCUAUUUUGUUGCUAAAUUAUCUCAGAAGUCUCACAGUCAGGAACACAGUAGUCUAAAGCAGUCAGGACAUAGAAGAAACAAUGGGCAGACAAUCUUGUGCUAACUGAAAAGUGAGCACUGUAAGGGAACAGCUGAAUUGGGGCCUGAACCUCUGAUUGACCACCUGAGGUGAGUAAUGAGCCAGCUGUGGGAGCACAGGUGAAGGCAAUUCAUGUGUGCUGCUGGAAGGGGUGGAGCCUGGCUGCACCUCUCCUGGACCCAUUUAAGAGCUGACUACUGGGGUGGAAAGAUCUUUUUGUGGAGAUCCCUCCUUUGGAGUUUUACAGUGUGCCCAGGAUAAGGUGAAGAAAGUAAGUUCAAGUGACUGGUCCAAAAUUACACAACCACACUGAUGCUCAGCUAGCAACGGGGACUUCCUUCAUCCAGUGCGGCACACCAUCGCUUUACAUCACUCAGCUUGCAGAGAGAGAAGAUUGAAGUUAUUUGUGGGCAAAUUUAUGCUGAUAAGAGAGAGCACAGAGAGCCCCAGAGAUGGAAAGGUUUCAGAAGACACUUCUGCUGGAAAGCCAGCUCCUGAGUGCUCCCCAGCUGGACAUCGCAUCCUCCGCAGCCCAUACCGCAGCACCAGGUUUGACUCGCUGGAGCUGCAGCGAACGUCUGCUCAGGUCCUGGUGUGUGACCACUCAUUGCCACCAGCAUGGUAUCGGUUCAUGAUCAACAACACGCCUGCGGAAAUGCCAACGAGAUGCAUUGAAAUGAACAAAUGUGGGACACAAGCUCCGGUGUGGCUGUCACUGAGGUCUGAAUCCCUGCCUGCUCCAGGUGAAAGCAAGCACCUGAUGGCCUGUGGUACCUGGCAGGUCUUUGGGGGCACCAAGGACUGCUGCUUGUUCCGGAUACCCAUCACUGUCAGGAACUGCAUCAAGUUCUUUGUUUAUCUCUUGCAGCCGACUCAAGGAUGCAUGGGCUACUGUGCAGAAGAAAAACUCCCAAGCCUGACUUUACAGCCAGUGAUAACUUCUGAGCUCGUGCGAGGUCGCGCCCACCUGAAAUGCGCCUACAGCUCACCCAGCUGGGGGCUGAGCUACACGGUGCUCUGGUCACGUCUGGUCGCCCCGGGCAAACAGGAGCAGAUCCAUCAGGACACCACCCUGCAGACGUGUUCCUACCUGGAGAUAAGCAGCAGACAUCUCCAGCUGGGAGACACAGUCUUCUGCACUGUGACUGCAUUUGCAAGGGACACUUCUGAGCAGCGGUCAUUGCCUGAGCAGAGCAAAGGUUUCUACGCUGGGAUUAAGUUUUUACCAGAAUCAUUACAAAUUGCAGAAGAUGGCAAGGAGCACAUUUUGACCAUCCUGAGCACUGUGCCCAUUACCUGUGCUGGGCAUAACGAUUCAUGUAAAAUCACAUUACGGCUCAGUACUGAGGAUCUGGACAGCCAAUUACUGGGGCCCCCAAACACUGUCCUCUCAGCGUGCCAGGUGGAUCUGGUGCCGGCGCCCUGCUCACAAGGCAGCUGUGCAGCAGCUGUACUAACAGUGACAGCCGUCACCGACUUCGCUCAGGAUGGGAACCGCGUCAGCUACAUCAGAGCCGAGCCAGUUGGACACAGAGAUGUACUUUGGAGGGCUCACGCCUCGAAGGAUGUAAAGGUCACAGUUCAGGACCUCCCAACAGGGAACUGCUACUCUUUCACUGAUCCACACAUUAUCACGUUUGAUGGAUGGCGUUACGAUAACUAUAAAAUCGGCACCUUCCUUUUGUGCCAGAGCACGUCACGGGCAUUCGAAGUGCACGUCCGUCAGUGGGACUGUGGGGGACACCACUCUGCCACUGCCUGCAACUGUGGGGUGGCUGCAUGGGAAGGGAGCGACGUCGUCCGCCUGGAUGCCUGCAAUGGGCACUUUCGGGACAGCAGGCCGCAGCUCAGCAUCCAAAGUACUGAGGCAUCACCACAGGUCAAAAUCCUAACGUCCUACGGAGGGAGAAAGAUAACAAUCCUAUUCCCUUCAGGAGCGUUCAUUCGAGCCGAUGUGAGUGAGUGGGGAAUGGGCUUGACAGUGAGGAUACCAAGCAGUGACUUCAACAGCACCAGAGGUUUGUGUGGCCUCUUUGAUGGGAUCAGUCACAACGACUUGAACAAUGUGCCUGAGGAAGACUUCAUAGAGGAGUGGAGAAUACCUCCAGGGAAGAGUUUAUUUGACAAAACUCCAGCAUCUUCAGAGGGGAAGCAGAGGAAAAACUACUGCAGAUGCCAGAAGGAGAGCACAAAGUCCAUGCCCUUGCUAAAGACGCUGAAUGCCUUUCAGAUGCAAUCUCCUGGUUGUCAUUAUGAUAAUGUGGAUUACACUUUUGCAAUUCCAUAUCUGGAUGUUACAUCAGAGUUUGUCACUCACUCAGGCAAAGAGUUUGCUUCAAGAGAUGAUGAGGAACGGUCGCCCAAGUCUUUUGAUCAAAGAUCUCUCCCUAAAUCAGCCAAGAAGCGAGGUAGCCGUGAGGAGCGAUUAAAACCCUUCUCACAUCAUGCUUCCAUGAAAAACAACAGUUCCCUUAACUUUACCAAGCCAACAGAAGAACUACAGAGACCAAAAAGACAAGAAAACUACUUUGAAUACUCAGCCCUUCACCCGUUGCAUAGCCCAAGCCAGACAGACACGGAAAGCUUUGCCUAUUUUUUCCCAGAGGAUUAUUUUGAAGGGAUUCGGAUAAAACUCCCACUGGGAUGGCCCACUCCCAGCGGCCUAACCUCUGCCAAAGCUCAGGAGAUUUGCCACCAAAUUCUUGCAAAUUCCACCAUUGGCUUAGCGUGUAAGUCUCUGCUGGGAAAACUGAUAGAUGAGGCCAUCAAUAUAUGCAUGUUAGAUCUGCAGCUCAAGGAUGAUGUGGCCUGGGUAAGGGCACUGAUAGCGCUUUUGGAAAAUGAGUGUGAAAGACGAGUGCUGAGGCACAGAGGUGAAGUGUUUCGUGUUGGAAGCCAGCCAACUUCUAACCAGGAGGAAAUCCUUACCAUUCUCCGCUGUCCUGCUUUCUGUAAUGGCAAUGGACAAUGUACAGACAUGGGCUGCCAAUGCUUUGAAGACCACAGCUCUUAUGAUUGUAGCACUGCCAGAAAGCAAACUCUGGAAAUCACAAGCUUGGAGAACAGGGGCCUAUGUGACAUUCGCACCUCUGACUGCAGUCGUGUCCGAGUGUUUGGCGUUGGCUUCAAGGAUUCUCCCCAUCUGCACUGUGAAGUCACCAGAUUAAUUCAUCUCAACGGCGAAUGGAUAUCAAGAGAGCAAGAAACCACACAAGCAGAUUUUCUCAGCUCUAAGGCUGUUGACUGCCAGAUUCCUCUCCUGAACAUUGCAGAGACGGAGGCUGUGCACUUUGUAGCUGGCGAUGAGCCGUUCGCAAGAUGGCAAGUAAAAAUCACUGAUGAUGGCUUCCAGUACAGUAAUUCCAGAGUGCUGACCCUGUACGACGCAGUCUGCCAGGCCUGCGAAUCCCAUCCAACUGGACUUUGUAAAUUAAAGGACAAUACUUGUAAUAUAGAUGGACUUUGCUAUGGGGAAGGAGAGUCAAACCCUGCCAGUCCUUGUCUUCUCUGUGAACCUGAUAUCUCUAAGUUCACCUGGUCUAUUAAUGAAAACAACCUGCCUCCUGUGUUCCAGGCCCCCUCCAGCCAGCUGCUGACAUUUAUUGGUGAGAAUUUUGUUUACCAGUUAACAGCGGUGGAUCCGGAAGGGUCAGCUGUGCUAUUCAUCUUAGAGGCUGGGCCACAGGAUGCCAGGCUCUCUCCCGCUGGCCUUCUUAUCUGGAAAGUUGAUUCAGAAGAAAUGCAGACCUUUGAAUUCACUGUGUCGGAUGAAUGCAACGCGCAGAGCAGAUACGCUGUUGAGGUUCGAGUGAAGCCCUGCAGCUGUCUCAAUGGCGGAACGUGUGUUACCAAUAUUAAAUUCCCCCCGGGCCUUGGUGAAUAUCUGUGUUUAUGUCCAAAUGGAUUUGAUGGAGGGCUUUGCCAGGAAGAUAUUAAUGAGUGCAAAUCAAACCCGUGCAAAAGCGGAACUUGUGUGGAUGGUGUGGACAGCUAUGCUUGUCAAUGUCCCCCUGGUUUAGGAGGGCUUACUUGUCAGGAAGACAAGAAUGAGUGUGAAGAAGGUCUGUGUUUUCCAGGAGUGUCCUGCAUGAACACCUUUGGAUCAUACGUGUGUGGAAUUUGUCCAAGUGGGAUGGAGGGAAAUGGUAAAACUUGCAAAUCUGUGCUUGCUGGUGACUUUACAAAAGCUUUAAUCGUUGACAACAACAAUGGCAAAGGUGAUUUGAACAAAACUGAAGUUGAGUGGCCACUGCACCCCUUAGAAGCAAAUAAUUCUCCUGUAAUUAGGAAUUUUAACAUAAGCACUAAUCAUGUCCACACAGCACAUCAGCCCCGUGUUACCACCUGUGCCAAUAGGCCAUGCUUUCCUGGAGUGCUGUGUUUCAAUAGGAAACCCCCUUACGUUGGCUAUGUCUGUGGCCGAUGUCCAAUAGGGUUUUUUGGAAAUGGCCGAACCUGCAGCAAAGCCUCCAGACCAGUUUCAAGAUCUUCCCAAAGCCAUACAGAUGUUGCUGAAAGAAAUAGUGAAGAUGCCAGAGGCUCUCAUCAGGAAGGCAAGACAUCAAGAAACAUCUAUUCGUUCCUAUCCCAAACCCAAAUUCCAAGGCAAGAAACUACAUACUUUGUGGAAAGAAACCACACAGUUAUUAAUGCAGCAUCCUUUACAACGAAAAGGAAGAUUUCCCAGCCUCAGAUGCUGUCAGCAAAAAUACCUGAUACAGAGUCCACUGUAUCUGAGAAACAGACUUUUACUGAAAAAAGAAGUCAUACACACACUUUCCUUCUGCAUGAGGAGCCAGAUCCCAAAGCAGCAGCUGUCAAUGUGACUACUCCUACCCCUGUGCAUUUUAAACAGUACAAGCCAGGAACAAGACAGACCAUUCCUUCUCAUCUCAACACAAACGCAAGCUCACUCUUCGCACGGCUGCAUGCUGUACAGCAAGCUCGUUCCAGAUACAGCUUAUCUUCCAGGAAAUGGCCCAGUCAAGUGACAGGCUCAAAGACUGAACUCUCCAAAAAUCUCCCAACAAAGCAGCAGAGAGUUUCUUCUUUGGAAACAUCCCUCACAUCCCCUUUGCAUGAAAUAGGUUUUUCCCUUGACACAGCUCCACAGAGUGCCAGUGUCCUGCCUGGACCUGCUCCCCCAGCAAGGCUUCCAGCACAUACCACAACCUUCAGAAGAGCAUCCAGUGUAGCAAUGGACCAUGCAGAACUGCCAAAACCCAUCAGUGGGUCCUAUGAGAAAGCUCUCUGUGGUUCAACACCAUGCUUUAGUGGUGUGCAGUGUGAGCUAGCCAAAGAUGGAGAAUUUAAAUGUGGGUCUUGUCCCAGUGGAUACAGCGGUAAUGGAAUUACAUGUGAAGUGCAGUGUGACCCACCGUGUGAGCAUGGAGGAACCUGUGUAGCUCAGAACACUUGUUCUUGUGCCUAUGGAUUUGUUGGUCCUCGAUGUGAAACAAUGGUGUGUAACAGGCACUGCCAUAAUGGCGGGGUCUGUGUGUCGCCAGACGAGUGCAAAUGCAGAAGCGGAUGGAGCAGCCCUUCCUGUGAAAUAGCUGUGUGCAACCCUGUGUGCUUAAAUGGAGGAAUCUGCGUGCGACCAAACACUUGCACGUGUCCUUACGGUUUCUAUGGGCCCCAGUGCCAGAGAGCUGUCUGCAUUCCUCCUUGUAAGAAUGGCGGCCACUGUGUUCGAACCAACGUGUGCUCCUGUACUGAGGGCUACACUGGAAGAAGAUGUCAGAAGAGUGUCUGUGAUCCUGCGUGCAUGAAUGGAGGGAAAUGUGUAAGCCCAAAUGUUUGUGACUGCCCAUCUGGUUGGAGAGGAAAGCACUGUAAUAAACCUGUUUGCCUGCAGAAAUGCCUGAAUGGUGGAGAAUGUAUAGGUCCAAACAUCUGCGAGUGCCCUGAAGGAUGGGUGGGAAUGCUGUGCCAAACCCCAAUUUGUGAGCAAAAAUGUCUGUUUGGAAGCAGAUGCAUAAAACCAAAUGUCUGUGCUUGCAGAAGUGGCUAUACUGGGUCAGCAUGUGAAAAGAAGGAGUACUCAAAGCUAAUGACUGCUCAUUUAGAAACCAUAUCUUUAACUACCCACAGGAUGAAGAUAACAUAACAGCAGGACAAUGAAGACAAUCAUUUGGGUAUCGAUAAGCCCAAACUGAGUUCGUUUUUCAUUUGGGAAGACACGGUGUGAAAACAUUACUACUUCUCUCCCUUCUACUCUCCUAUAAUCACAAAGAAAAACUAAAACAAAACACCAAGGCAUAUGUCAAUAAACAGACCUCUAUUUUCAAAA